CCUACCGGGAAGUCAUCCCUAGGAUUAAUGAGGGAGUUUCCAGACCUGAGGCCUGCAGCAGCCAGCUACCCUGACUGAUGGUCUCACUUUAUAGCCUUGCCUAGGCUGGUACUCCCUGUGUAGUCCAGGCUGACUUCAAUUUUGUGCCAAUCUUUCUGCCACAAGUUCCUGAGUGUUGGGAUUACAGGUUCCCACAGGGCUUGGGAUUCACCAUGGCAACUGAGGAGGCCAUCAUCCGGAUACCCCCAUACCACUAUAUCCAUGUGCUGGACCAGAACAGCAAUGUGUCCCGUGUGGAGGUUGGGCCAAAGACCUACAUCCGGCAGGACAAUGAGAGAGUACUAUUUGCACCUGUGCGCAUGGUGACAGUGCCCCCACGUCACUACUGCAUAGUGACCAACCCUGUGAGCCGGGAUGCCCAGAACUCAGUGCUAUUUGACAUCACAGGGCAAGUCAGGCUUCGCCAUGCUGACCAGGAGAUCCGGCUCGCCCAGGAUCCCUUCCCCCUGUAUCCAGGGGAGGUGCUGGAAAAGGAUAAUACCCCACUGCAAGUGGUUCUGCCCAACACUGCCCUGCAUCUUAAGGCCCUGCUGGACUUUGAGGAUAAGAAUGGAGACAAGGUACUGGCAGGAGACGAGUGGCUAUUUGAGGGACCUGGUACAUACAUCCCCCAGAAGGAAGUGGAAGUCAUGGAAAUCAUUCAAGCCACAAUCAUCAAACAGAACCAGGCCCUGCGGCUAAGGGCACGCAAGGAAUGCUGGGACCGGGAUGGCAAGGAGAGAGUGACAGGUGAGGAAUGGCUGGUCCGUUCAGUGGGUGCCUAUCUCCCAGCAGUGUUUGAAGAGGUGCUGGAUUUGGUGGAUGCUGUGAUCCUCACAGAAAAGACCGCCCUGCACCUCCGGGCUCGGCAGAACUUCCAGGACUUGCGAGGAGUGACCCACCACACGGGGGAAGAAUGGCUGGUGACAGUGCGGGACACAGCAGCCCACGUACCAGAUGUACAUGAAGAAGUGCUAGGAGUGGUACCCAUUACCACUCUGGGCCCACGACACUACUGUGUCAUCCUUGACCCAAUGGGACCAGAUGGCAAGAACCAACUGGGACAAAAGCGUGUUGUCAAGGGAGAGAAGUCAUUUUUUCUCCAGCCAGGGGAGAGGCUGGAACGAGGUAUCCAGGAUGUGUAUGUGCUGUCAGAGCAGCAGGGACUGCUGCUGAGGGCCCUGCAGCCCCUGGAGGAGGGGGAAGGAGAGGAGAAAGUCUCCCACCAGGCAGGAGACCGCUGGCUCAUCCGUGGACCCCUGGAGUAUGUGCCAUCUGCCAAGGUGGAGGUAGUGGAGGAACGCCAGGCCAUCCCUCUGGACCAAAAUGAGGGCAUCUAUGUGCAAGAUGUCAAAACUGGAAAGGUGCGGGCUGUGAUCGGAAGUACCUACAUGCUGACCCAGGAUGAAGUCCUGUGGGAGAAGGAGCUGCCUCCUGGGGUGGAGGAGCUGCUCAACCUGGGCCACGACCCGCUGGCAGACAGAGGUCUGAAGGACCCAGCCAAGAGCCAUCAGCCCUCGGCUCCCCGGAACAAGACCCGCCUGGUCAGUUACCGCGUGCCACACAAUGCAGCGGUACAGGUGUACGACUACAGAGCGAAGAGAGCUCGUGUGGUCUUCGGGCCCGAGCUAGUGUCGCUGGAUCCAGAGGAGCAGUUCACAGUGUUGUCCCUUUCUGCUGGCCGGCCCAAGCGUCCCCACGCCCGUCGCGCACUCUGCCUGCUGCUGGGACCUGACUUCUUCACUGACGUCAUCACCAUCGAAACGGCUGACCAUGCCAGGCUGCAGCUGCAGCUUGCCUACAACUGGCACUUUGAGUUGAAGAACCGGAAUGAUCCUGAGGAGACAGCCAAGCUUUUCUCUGUGCCCGAUUUUGUGGGUGAUGCCUGCAAGGCCAUUGCAUCCCGUGUCCGGGGGGCUGUGGCCUCUGUUACCUUCGACGACUUCCAUAAGAACUCAGCCCGUAUCAUUCGCACGGCUGUUUUUGGCUUUGAGAUGUCCGAAGAUACAGGCCCUGAUGGCACACUCCUGCCCAGGCCCCGUAACCAGGCAACCUUUCCCCAAAAUGGGCUGGUGGUCAGCAGUGUGGAUGUACAGUCAGUGGAGCCUGUGGACCAGAGGACCCGGGAUGCCCUCCAGCGCAGCGUCCAGCUGGCCAUCGAGAUCACCACCAACUCCCAGGAGGCAGCAGCCAAGCAUGAGGCUCAGCGACUAGAGCAAGAAGCCCGUGGCCGGCUUGAGAGGCAGAAGAUCUUGGACCAGUCAGAAGCUGAAAAGGCUCGCAAGGAGCUCUUGGAGCUUGAGGCCAUGAGCAUGGCUGUGGAGAGCACUGGGAAUGCCAAGGCAGAGGCUGAGUCCCGCGCAGAGGCAGCACGGAUCGAGGGAGAAGGCUCCGUGCUGCAGGCCAAGCUAAAGGCACAGGCAUUGGCCAUUGAGACAGAGGCUGAGCUGGAGCGUGUAAAGAAAGUACGUGAGCUAGAACUGGUCUAUGCCCAGGCCCAGCUGCAGCUGGAGGUAAGCAAGGCUCAGCAGCUAGCAGAGGUGGAGGCAAAGAAGUUCAAGCAGAUGACAGAGGCUCUGGGCCCCAACACCAUCAAGGACCUGGCUGUGGCUGGACCAGAGAUGCAGGUGAAACUUCUUCAGUCACUGGGUCUCAAAUCCACCCUGAUCACAGAUGGCUCCUCUCCUAUCAACCUGUUCAGCACAGCCCUGGGAUUGCUGGGGCUAGGGUCUGAUGGUCAGUCACCAGCAAAAAAGUCUACUGGGGGGGUCAGCCCCAAGGAAGGUUUGUCUUUCCCAGCCCCUCCCACUCCACAAUCUCUUUGAAGCAGUCACACUGUACCUUAGCUGAACCCUGCACUGACAAUGAGUAAAAUAAAAUGACAAUUUUAGGCA